GUAGGCAUAUUGAACGACGUACGGAGUGGAUCGUCUCAAGUGCUAGUGAUGUAGUAUAUGGCAGUGGCAGACUGACAGUUGUUGUUUGUAGUUGUCAGAGUAAUGUUAUGGUGACAGGAACGUCUCGUGCUUAUCUACCUUUUUUUUCAUAGAAGAUGAAUGGUGAACACUGCCUGGAACUAUGCAAUGUGUUUCACACAGGUCAUGUGGAACCAGGUACCUGCAUGCAAAGACUUAUGGGCAAUGUGAAGACAGGUAUUAUUUUGAAAGAUGUGUCACUCGAGGUUCAUGGUGGAGAAGUUCUUGCAGUUCUUGGGUCUAAAGGAAGUGGAAAACGUGCAUUGUUGGAGGUGAUUUCACGGCGUGCCCAAGGUCCUACUAGGGGGCAGAUAUUAUUGAAUGGAAUGCCAAUGUCACUAAGAUUGUUUCAGCAAAGUUGUGGAUAUGUUACUCAUAAGUGUGACCUUCUUCCUGCAAUUACAGUGGAGCAGACAUUGUAUUAUGCUGCUCAACUGACAAUUGGAUCUAAGAUCUCACACUAUGUGAAAGCAUCAAGAGUUAAACAAGUCAUGGCUGAUCUUGCAUUGACCCAGGUGGCUAACCGUGGAACACAGUAUCUUACACCAAGCGAAUAUCGUCGUCUUAUGAUAGGAGUUCAGCUUGUUCGAGAUCCAAUUCUGCUGCUGCUAGAUGAACCGACAUGGGACUUGGAUCCUUUGAACACUUAUCUUAUAAUAUCCAUUCUUUCAAACCAUGCACGAAAAUAUGGAAGAAUUGUUGUUCUUACAAUGGAGAAACCUCGUUCAGAUGUUUUUCCAUUUUUGGAUCGUGUAAUGUAUCUAUGCCUAGGAGAUGUAGUUUAUACUGGUGGCACUCGACUCAUGUUAGAUUACUUCCGCAGCAUUGGAUUUCCAUGCCCUGAACUUGAGAAUCCUCUCAUGUAUUACUUGUGCUUGUCGACUGUGGACCGUCGAUCUCGUGAGCGUUUUAUUGAAUCAAAUCACCAAAUAGCUGCUCUCGUGGAGAAGUUUAAAAUAGAAGGUGGACCUUUCCGGAAAUCUUCUAGUUCUACUGUUGGCAAUGUUGUCCCUGAUGGUCCAGACCUAGUUCAUGGAGGUGUGGCAGCAAACUCGAACAAAGUCCCAUUGUCAGCAUUUGGGAGACCAGGGUGUUUACGUGUUAUGUGUAUGUUGUAUAUGAGGUGUUUGGCAACUACAUUCAACCUAAAGAGAACAGGUGUGACUUGUCUUGCCUUACGUUUGCUGGCAUUGCCGAUAUUUCAUUUUCUGUUGUGGAUCUUCUACAGUGGAAUGCAGGAUUAUCAGAGGACAUUUAUCACUCGUAAUGGGCUUGUAUUUAACUGUAUUGCAGGAGCAUAUGUUGUCGCAAUAAUUGUAACAGCCUGCACAUUUCCACCUCAUCGAACUCGAUACUAUCAAGAAGCCCAAGAGGGGUUGUAUAGUGGACCACUUUUUCUUUUGUGCUAUCUCCUGUAUUCACUGCCAUUUUCAGCAGUUUCUGUUGCAGCGGCGUCAAGAAUUUCAUUUGAAUUGAUUGGUAUAAAGGCUUUGUCCGAGUGGCUUCUGUUUGGUGGCAUUUUGUGGGCUUGUUACUUACUGGCUGAACAGCAAACUAUAGCAAUUCUGAUGACUGUAUGCAGUUCUUUUAGAGCUGCUGUCUGCAGUCUUUAUAUAUCAACAGUAUAUCUGAUACUUGGGAGUGGCAUUUUGAGAUCAUUUCAUGGACUUCCAGACUGGCUGUUAUAUUUGACAUAUGCAACUCAAUCUCGAUAUGCAGGAGCAUUUCUCAGCCAGCAGAUCUUUACAAAAGAUGGUCUACUCAACAACUUGCCAUAUGAUGCUAAUGUGAAUUGUACAUCAUUUUUUCUUUCACAGAGCUCCUCACAAGCAUCUUCCUCCUCCUUUGUGUGUAGAUAUGCAAAUGGAAUGGCAUUCCUUUCAGAACGUUAUGGGAAAAAAGAUGGAGUUGACACUUUAGCAGAAAUUUUGGAUCAUGAUUUAAAUUUUGGUGUAGUAUAUGCCUUUUCCAUUGCCCUCAUUAUAAUAAAUGCACUUCUCUACCUUGUUCCACUGCCAGCUUUUGUGAAAGCAAAGUUUCGUGAGUAAAUGAAAUGCCGUUCUCCUCAAGAUAUACUGAUAAAGGCACGUUUAAAAUGUUGUAGCAACCCAGAAAUGUAUGAAGUCAUAGUCUUGACAGUGGCAAGGAACUGCACACAUUUCACAAAUUAAUGUGAUAUUGGUUACUCAGAUACCUAUGCCAGGUACUGCUAACAGCAAAAUAUCUCCAAAUUGCAUUGAUCUGUACUGACACUGAUAUGAUAAGUGACACUAGCUACUCAGAUAAACAGGAUCCAAACUGAAUGAGAUUUUCACUCUGCAGCGGAGUGUGCACUGAUAUGAAACUUCCUGGCAGAUUAAAACUGUGUGCCCAACCGAGACUCGAACUCGGGACCUUUCCCUUCACAUGGUUUGGAAGGUAGGAGACGAGAUGCUGGCAGAAGUAAAGCUGUGAGUACCGGGCUUGAGUCGUGCUUCGGUAGCUCAGAUGGUAGAGCACUUGCCCGCGAAAGGCAAAGGUCCCGCGUUUGAGUCUCAGUCGGGCACACAGUUUUAAUCUGCCAGGAAGUUUCAUAUCAGCGCACACUAUGCUGCAGAGUGAAAAUCUCAUUCUGGACACAUCCCCCAGGCUGUGGCUAAGCCAUGUCUCCGCAAUAUCCUUUCUUUCAGGAGUGCUAGUUCUGCAAGGUUCGCAGGAGAGCUUCAGUAAAGUUUGGAAGGUAGGAGAUGAGAUACUGGCAGAAGUAAAGCUGUGAGUACCGGGCGUGAGUCGUGCUUCGGUAGCUCAGAUGGUAGAGCACUUGCCUGAAAGGCAAAGGUCCUGAGUUAGAGUCUCCGUCGGGCACACAGUUUUAAUCUGCCAGGAAGUUUUCAGGAUCCAAACUGUUGUGACCAGACGAAACUAUGGUCAUCUGGCCAUAACUGUGGGUUCUUUGAUUGCUGUGGGAGAAGGCUCAUCAAACUUAACACGUGAAAUAUUAGUUCACUUUAUUGCAUAAAUGAUUUACUUAACUUUGACACAGUUCUUUGCCCCAGGACUGCUUGAUAAUUUACAAAUGCCAUUGACUAUGAAAGCAUCACUUGAUGCACAGGUUAACAAACUAUCCUUUUGCAGUACAAAAUGCAUCAUUUAUGAAAGUACAUUUCAUCAGAAACUUUUAACUGUCACUGUCCUACCCGAUUGAUGUUGACUGCUGUAGCUGAGGUCUCGAACUGGGGGAAAGCUCUUCCAAGCUCGGCUAAACAUUCUGCUGCUGUGCUGAGAGGAGAGGUGUUGGCAUCAGGAGUACCUUUGAUUCAUCAUUGCCAUUUGCAGUGGAACCUCACUAGCAUCUGUGGUAUCGAUAUGCAUUGUUGACUUUGGCAUGACACCACAAUCUCUGAGUGAUACUACAGAUGCAGUACUUACAAUAACUUAGAAAUGAUAGUGUCAUGUAAUUCUACUUUCCUACAGCAUCCACCAUUUAGAAAACAUUUUGCUUAAUUCCCAACAGGUUUUCUCAUUUAAAACAAUCUGGACAACUGGUGGGAAAAGACAUAUAAGAAUCAGUUGAGAAAUGUUACAUUCCUAUAUUUUUCAUUUCAUACACCUGGACUUUUUCACUUACAUAAUGGGUAGGGCAAGGGAGGAAGGAUGGAUGGAUGGAUGGAAGGAAGGAAGGAAGGAUGGAUGGAUGGAUGGAUGGAUGUAUUAAAUAUGUAUUACACUUAAUCAAUUGGAUAAACUCAACCAGAUCAGAACAGUACUCUUUAUAAAUUGGAAGAGAGAGAUUCUUGUGUUGUUGUGUAAAAUAUUUAUAAAAUUUUCAUAUUGUAUUUGUAUUUUUCUGAGAACUGUAUGUAUUGAAAGGUAUUCUCUUUCAUGAAUAAAUCUAGCAUAACAUCUCCA